AUGCUUCCAAUCGUUCGACAUCUCGCCGGACAAAUCGUAGACGAAUACUCAUCCGUCACUUUGGAAGCUUGUGCAUCCGGCCAAGCUGAUCAAUUAAUAUGGACAAAGAAUGGAGUAGAAAUAAGCAAUAAUGACCGAACGGAAAUCGCGCAGGACGGUGAACGAUAUCGGCUAACCAUCAACAAUGCUACGGCAGAUGACGCUGGAACAUACCAAUUGGAACUCCGUCACCAAGGGUCAGACCUCGUGUCCGUAGCGUCGCUGAUUGUUACCGGAAACCCCAAUGAACCCCCUAUCACGAAAUUGCCAACAUCUGUGAGUGCGUCAUCCGGGUCAGCCACAAAACUUGUUUUGGAAAUGAAGAAUGCCGAAGGUUACACUGUACAAUGGUUCAAAGGAGCGGAAAAGGUUGAGAAAUCAGAUCGGUUGAAGUCCGUUAAAACAGGCAACUCAUUCAAACUGGAUUUCAAGAGUGUGGAACCAACUGAUGAAGGCGUGUAUGUAGCGAAAGUCGUCAAGGACAAGAAAGCAGUAGCCAAAUACGCCGCAGCCGUUCAUGUAGAGCCGUAG